AUGCCAGGGGAUGCUAUUCGCAAGGAUAGGAAUCAUGUCGUUUUGGACGGAGGCAGCGUUCCCGACACGUCGAUUCCUCAGCUGAAGGCGAAAGCCGAGCUCUACGACCUGUCCGGCUUGGCCAGUUCAGGCAUGAACAAGGUCAAGUUGUGCGCGGUGGACGCAGUUUUCAAGAACGAGGGUGUUGUCGUGGAGGAGCUGAACGACUUUCUCGAGAAGCACCCUUUCGGCCCCUACGACAAUCUGUCGGAGGCUUCGCGUGAGCUGCAAAAGCUUCGCAAAAAGGGGAAAACCGAAAAGGCCGAUAUGCUCAAGGCGCUGCUGCAGCAGUUCGCGGUGUCCCAGGGAGCCAACGCCAACGCCUUCGAACAGCUACCGGCGCUGCUGAAGCUCAUGCGCCAGCGCAACGAGUUCGCGCACCCAUAUGACAAAGCCUACCUCGUCAGGGAAAUGGAGAAGGGCAACCCUGACCUGUCGUCCAUCAGCGACAUGCUCACGCUGUUUGUUGUUGCUGACAGCCGGAGCUCAAAGAAUGGGUGA